AUGCAGAUCCCAUACACUGCCAUUACUACGAUUAGUAUUCCUAGUGUUAUAAUAGUCAUUAGCCCUUCAUCCAGUUUGCUAAGUUCUCAACUUUGUAGAAUUAGCAAAGUGUUUUAUCAUUGUCUAAUUGAAAACGGACGCUCAUUUCUUAGUCGUGCAAAUUCAAAUAGUCGUGACCUUGGGAUCCUUAUUGCUUCACAGUUUCUUCAAUUUGAUUGCCUAACAAGCAAUCACAAGACAAAUUUCUUCGAUACCUAG